AUGACUAUCGCUUGGACGUUUCACUCUCUUGGUCUGUUCCACGUUUCUUUUCGGUAUUUUCGGCAUAAAAUACCAUUCGCAGUCUCACCAUGUCGACGUAACGAACUCCGUCGGCGAUGCUUGAUCACUUUGGUACGUUUGCUUUCAUGUGUGGCUACAUAUAGGCGAGUAUUAACCGGAUUCCUCGUCCAUACCUACGCAAACAUUUUACCCAAAUCGCGGUACGCUCUUCAGAAUCAAAUUUCUACACUCGUACAAAUACAGCAUCCCACACAAGUCCAACUCAUCCCAACCGUCAUUCCCGAAAUGCGUCUCCACACCCUCGCCCUCCCCAUCCUGUCCUUGGUCGCGGCCUUAAUUCCCACCAACAACAACAUCGCGCUGACGACUCCCGACGGCCCGAAUACUCCUCUGACCUACUCCGAGGACUUUAUUUGCAUCCAAGGCACUCGAUGA